AUGGAAGACAAGGCGACUCUUUUACAGAGUACUCCGGGAGGGUUGAGGGCAUGGAGGUCAGCAAUAACACCGGAUCUCGGAAGCCCGUUGAGCCCGCAGAGCCCGUCAGCCUCUGAAGACGCACCACCUGCUAAAAGACGUCGAAGCCAGAAAUCAUUGACGUUUGCAUGUAUUUCAGCAGUAGAAAGUGAACGGUUGCAUGGUCGUCGUCCACUUUCUUCUGUAGAAAUAGAAGAGCUUGUUAACGUCAAUGACUCUGGCAGCGACGAUGACGAAGAUGAAGGGUAUGAGAAGGGAGACUGA